AUGGAGGGAAAGCAGCUGUCUACCUUUGUCAUCGCUCUAGUGAGCUUGCUCGUUACGACUAUUGUCAUUGCGGUCAGAUGCGUUGUUCGCAUAUCUAUCAGAGGCUUUGGUCUUGAUGAUUGGUCAAUGGUGAUUGGCCAGGUACUUUUCUUUUGCACCUGUGUGGUCGUCAUGUACGGAUGCAACACAGGUAUCGGCGUGAGGGACAUCUACUUGACCUCGGAACAGCUUGUCGAUGCCAGGCAUAGCAUAAUAAUGUUUCAGUGCUUUUAUCUUAUUUCACUCAUCUUUGUCAAGAGCAGCAUUUGCUUUGCUCUCCUUCGGAUUACCACCAGCAGAGGCGUCAGGAAUUUGUUGUACUUCAUCAUCUUCUUGUCUUUCUGCUGCGGCUUCAUCACCACGGUCGCCUGCUUGUCCCUCUGCGUCCCUCUCUCAGCCUCCUGGACAGGUAUCGGCAAAUGUGCUGCACCUGAAGUGAUCAAAAAUGUUGCUAUCUAUACAACUGUGUCGAGCUGUAUCACCGACUUUUCCUGCUCUAUCCUUCCCUAUGUUAUCCUCUGGAACCUCCAAAUGGACAAGAAGCUUAAAUUUGGCUUGGCUGCUAUCCUGAGUCUUGGUUUCCUUGCUAGUGCCGCUACUGUGGUUCGCGCCUUCUACUUCAAUCGCUUCCUUGCUCCUGUCGACUACGUUUGGGGUUUCUCCGAUCUUAUGAUCUGGUCUAUUAUCGAAGAUCUUAUCGCCAUCACCAUUGGUAGUGUCCCCAGCCUGAAGCCUCUGUUCGUUCGUUUCAAAUGGAUGGCAUCUACGUCCUCACGUUCCGGCAAGAGGACUCGCGACUACCAGAACUGCGAAUCUUAUCAUAUGCACUCUCCGAGCAAGAACAAGAACCAGACCAGGACCAUCACCACCACUGUCGCCGAAGAGAGUGACAAUUUGAAAGAUCUAGUGAGUGAGGAAGGCAUCGUUAUCAGCCAAGAGUUCAGACAUGAAGAGGAGUAUGAGUACCAUGAUAGAAAGCCUGUGGCUUCUAUUUGA